AUGAUAAAAAUCAGCAAUUCGCAAACACCGUGGCUCGAAAUUCUGCUAAAAUUCGGUUUUUCCAACAAACCUUUUGUUUUUGAAAACUGGGCAACUGAAUCUUGGGAAGCCCGGCGAAAAUGGGUGAAUUUGGAUGGGACUCCGAACGUGGAAUAUUUGAAAACCACAUUUGGCAAUUCAAAAGUCCCAAUAGCUUUGGAAAAUGGAGAUGUGAUAAGUCAAAGUUUUGAGGAAUAUCUAGAUUUUGGAAAAUCACCGGAGAAAUAUCUGAAAGAUUGGCAUUUUCAAAAUGAGUGGGUUUUCGCAUAAAUACAAAAAAUAUAAACAGUGGUUUUGAAGAUUUGGCACGAGUUGCUAUCAAAAAUUGCAUCCAUUUUUGUCGCGCGACUUUGUGAAUCGCGAAAAAUGGACGGAAAAUCGUGAUGAGAAUCCGUUUGGCGAUGAUUAUCGAUUUGUUUAUUAUGGUGCUAGUGGAUCAUGGUGUGUUAGGAGGGAAAUCGGGGUUUCUGGGCUGAUUUUCGAUGAUUUUAAGGUUCUGGGAGACGGGAAUUGUGUAAAUUCAGCUCUAGGAGCAAGUUUUUCAUGAUUUUUUGAGCUUCACGGUCCAGAAAGUCAUGAAAAUUCAGAUCUGGAAUCAUUUUUCAUGAUUUUCUAGCUCCAGGAGCUCCAGGAGCUAGAAAAUCAUCAGAAAUUAGCUCUAGGAGCAGGUUUUCAUGAUUUUCUAGUUCCAAGACCUAGAAAAUCAUGAAAAUUUGUUCUUAGAGUCAAAUUUCGAUGCUUUUUAUAUUCAGGAGCAUUUUUUCAUGGUUUUUCAGCUCCAGGACCUAGAAAAUCAUGAAAUCUUGCUUCCUAGGAAAAUUUUGAUGGUUUUUCAGCUCUAGGAGCAGGUUUUCAUGAUUUUUCAGCUCUGGGACUUGAAAAUCAUCAGAAAUUAGCUCUGGGACGAUUUUUUCAUAGUUUUCUAGCUUCGGGACCUAGAAAAUCAUGAAAUCUUGCUUCCGACGAAAAUUUUGAUGGUUUUCCAGCUUCAGGAGCUAUAAAUUCAUCAAAAAUCAAUCCUGGGAUCAUUUUUUCAUGAUUUUUCAGCUCCAGGACCUAGAAAAUCAUGAAAAUUCAGCUCUGGGUUCAUUUUUUCACGAUUUUCUAGCUCCAGGACCUAGAAAAUCAUGAAAAUUCGCUCUAGGAGCAGGUUUUUAUGAUUUUCUAGCUCCAGGACCUAGAAAAUCAUGGAAAUCCGCUCUCAGAGUUGAAUUUCGAUGGUUUUCCUAUUCUGGAGCAAGGUUUCAUGAUUUUUGAACUUCAGAGCAAGGAAUAUUGUGAAAAUCAGCUCAGGGAGCAUAUUUUUAUGGUUUUCCAGUUCCAGGAGCUAGAAAAUCAUCAAAAAUCAGACCUGCUACCAUUUUUAAUGAUUUUCUAGCUCCAAGGCCUAGAAAAUCAUGAAAAAUCAGCUCUGGGAUCAUUUUUCAUGAUUUUGCAGCCCUGGGACAUGAAAAUCAUCAAAAAUCAUCUCUGGGAUAAUUUUUUCAUAGUUUUCUAGCUCUAAGACCUUGAAAACCAUGAAAAUUAGCUCCAGGGUCCGAAAAAUCAUGAAAAUUUCACUCACAUCACAAAUUCCGACGAUUUUUCCCCAAUUUCCAGGACAAAAUUCCACUCGGAUGUUGUCUCCUCGCACAGUUGGUCAGCCAAUAUUUGCGGCCGAAAAUUGUGGAUAAUGGUCCCGCCGGGAAAAGAGCAUUUGUUUGCGGGUCUCGAAGAUAUUCGCGAAAAAUCGGAGAUUUUUGAGGAGAAUGGGGUUUUUGAGUUUGUGCAAGAGGCUGGAGAGAUUGUUUUUGUUCCGUCGAAUUGGUAUCAUCAAGUUCAUAAUUUGGUAUGAGGAGAUUGCGGGGUUUUGGGGUGAUUUUUGAGGUGCGGGAGCUGGAAAAUCAAGGAAAUUUGGUCUAGAAGCUGGGUUUUGAUGAUUUUCAAGGCCUAGAAGCUGGAAAAUCAUAAAAACUUGCUCCGGGAGCUGGAUUUUGACCAUUUCCAGGUUAUAGAACAAAAUUUCAUGGUUUUUGAGGUCCCGGAGCUGAAAAAUCAUAAAAACUUGCUCCGGGAGCUGGAUUUCGCUAAUUUUUCAUGCCCUGAAGCGAGUUUUCAUGAUUUUCAAGGUCCCGGAGCUGAAAAAUCAUGAAAACUUGGUCUGAAGCUGGAUUUUGACCAUUUCCAGGUCGUAGAGGAAAAUUUCAUGGUUUUUCAGCUCCGGGACCACAAAAAUCAUGAAAAUUUGCUCUGGAAGCUGAAUUCCGAUGAUUUUUCAGUCCUGGGGCAAGUUUUCAAGAUUUUCAAAGUCUAGAAGCUGAACAAUCAUGAAAAAUUGCUCUAGGAGCUGGAUUUCGACGAUUUUCCGGUCCUGGAGCGAGUUUUCAUGAUUUUCAAGCUCAAGAAGCUGAAAAAUCAUGAAAACUUGGUCUAGAAGCUGGAUUCCGAUGAUUUUGCGGUCCUAGGGCGAGUUUUCAUGGUUUUUCAGCUCCGGGACCACAAAAAUCAUGAAAUCUAGCUCUACGACUCAAAGUUUUACGCUUUCCAGCUUCAGAAUCUCGGAAAUCAUGAAAACUUGCUCCAGGAGCUGGAUUUCGACGAUUUUUCGGUCCUGGGGCGAGUUUUCAUGAUUUUUAAGGACUAGAAGCUGAAAAAUCAUGAAAUCUAGCUCUAGGACUCGAAAUUUCACGCUUUCCACCUCCAAAAUCAUGAAAACUUGCUCUAGAAGCUGUAGUUUGAGCUCCCGGAGCAAAAAAUCACGGAUUUUCCCCCCAGAGCUCUCAAAUCCACAAAAAAUCCCCCAAAUUCCAGACCGAAACCAUCUCAAUCAAUCACAAUUGGAUAAACUCCACAAAUUUACAUCUCGUCUUUGAUUUCAUCAAAAAUCGCAAUUCCGAUGUUUUGCGAGAGCUCAAAGACUGUGAAGAUCUAUAUGAUCGCAAAGAAUUCGAAGAUCAAAUCGAACUUGUUCUUUUUGCCGACGCAAGAUUGAAUAAGGCACGAUUUUCGAAGUUAUGCGAACUUGUGAUGGAAUCGAGGAAAAUUCAGGAGGGAAAAUUUUGGAAAUGCGAUGAACAUGGGGAGGAAUUGUGAGGAUUUUGUGAAAAUUGGAGCAAAUUUGCUCUACUGAACUCCCCAAAAAAGCUCAGAGAGAAGAUUAGUCAAUCGGACACAAUCCGGCCGCAUUCGAUCGAACGUAGAUCUAUGCGGAUAGUUCCGGAAUUCACGAUUCUCCUAAUAUUUGCGUCAUUGCUUCGGCCCGGCAUCGAACCUGACACCUUUCAAUUGAUAGGCGACUGUUUAGACCAAUACACCAUAUGUGCAGAUGGUGUAGGGUGUGGGUGACGGGUUUAUGAAGGGUGUGAAAAUUUGGGGGGGGGGGGAGGGGUUUGUGACGUGGCAGUUCGAUUUUUCAAUCUAGAGGCCAGGGGAUCAAUUCCCAGUGCCUGCAGAGAUAUUUUUUUCUCAAAAACUGUGGCAAAUCACUAUUUUCCAUCCCAAAGCGAUCAAAUUCGCUCUAUUGAACACGAUUAUACCAAAAAAUUGAUUUUCUGUCGAAAAUGAUCAAUUUCGCUCUAUUGAACAGUUCGGUAGAGCGUGUUUGCUCAAAUUCUGAAUCUAAAGGUCAAGGGAUCGAUUCCCGGUGCCUGCAGAGAUAUUUUUCUCAAAAAUUAUGAAAAAUCAGGGUUUUCCACCCCAAAGUGGUCAAAUUCGCUCUAUUGAACAUGAUUAUACCAAAAAAAUCAUUUUUUUCACGAAAAUGAUCAAAUUCGCUCUAUUGAACAAUUCGUUAGAGCGUAUUUGCUCAUAUUUCGAAUCUAAAGGUCAAUGGAUCGAUUCCCAGUGCCUGCAAGCAUUUUUUUCAUUUAAAAAUUAUGAAAAAUCAGGGUUUUCCAUCCUCAAGUGCUCAAAUUCGCUCUAUUGAACAGUUCGGUAGAGCGUAUUUGCUCAAAUUUUGAAUCUAAAGGUCAAGGGAUCGAUUCCCGGUGCCUGCAGUCAUUUUUUUCUCAAAAAAACUCUGAAAAGCAUUCAAAAUACCAAAUGCGCCCCACUGCACUAUCUCUCUCUCUUUCUCUAAAUCUCUCACGCUCUCUCAUUUCCAGACACCUCUGCAUUUCGCACCCCAAAUGUCACCCGAAAAUUCUCAAAAUCUGCUCGUGUUCCCAAAAUUUCUGUGAAAAAUGCCUGAAUUUCAUCGAAUCUCUCGAAUUUUCCAUUUCUCGUCACUUUUUCUCGCGGUAAUUUUGAAAAAUUCGAAAUUCCACUGAAAUUUCCCGUUUUUCCAGAGCACAAGAUGCGUUUCGAAGAACUGCAAUCGAUUUUUGA